AUGAUACAUAAAAAAAAACAAACAAAUAAUUAUGAAAUUGUUUUCUUACGUGAUUUUCUACCACUAAACGGAAGUUUUUGCAAUGAAAUAACACAAAAAACUGAUCUUGAACAACAAGUUAAAGAUUUAGAAGAACGUUUUAGUCAAGAAGAAGAAAGUACACAAGAAUUAAAUAAUAAGAAAAAGAAACUUGAACAUGAUAUUGAUGGUUUAAAAAAAGAUAUUGAUGAUAUGCGUUUAAGUUUACAAAAAUCUGAAAAUGAAUGUAAAACACGUGAUAAUCAAAUUCAUACAUUACAAGAUGAAAUUGCUCAUCAAUAUGAAACAAUAGCUAAAUUAACACAUGAACGUAAACGUCUUGAAGAACAAAAUUCUAAAACAACUGAACAAUUACAAGCUGAAGAAGAUAAAGUUGAUCAUCUAAAUAAACUUAAAGCUAAACUUGAACAAAUACUUGAUGAAUUAGAAGAUAAUUUAGAACGUGAAAAAAAAGCUCGUGCUGAUUUAGAUAAAUCAAAACGAAAACUUGAAACUGAUUUAAAAGCAUUACAAAAUAAUUUAGAAGAAGUAGAAAAAUCCAAACGUGAAUUAGAAGAAAAUAUUAAACGUAAAGAUCAAGAAAUUCAACAAAUGGGUGAACGUCUUGAAGAUGAACAAGGACAAGCAACAAAAUUAGAAGAAGAAAUAGAAAAUGAAAGACAACAACGAGCUGAUCUAGCAAGAGAAAUUGAUGAAAUGAAUGAUCGUUUAGAAGAAGCUGGUGGUGCAACAUCAUCACAAGUUGAAAUGAAUAAAAAACGUGAAUUUGAAUUACAAAAACUUCAUGCUGUUAAUGAAAUGGAUGAACAAAUUGAUCAAUUGCAAAAAUUAAAAAAGAAAUUAGAAAAAGAAAAACAAACAGUUAAAUCUGAAUUAGAUGAUUUACGCACACAAAUUGAACAUCUACAAAAAAGUAAAGCAGCUGCUGAAAAACUUUCAAAACAACUUGAACAACAAUUAAAUGAUAUUCAAACUAAACUUGGAGAUCAUGUUAAACAAAUAACUGAUUUAAAUCAUAGUAAAACAAAAUUAUCAAGUGAAAAUUCAGAUUCAACUAGACAAAUUGAAGAAUUUGAACAUCAAAUUGGAACUUUAAAUAAAGCUAAAACAGAAUUACAACAACAAGUUGAUGAAGCUAAACGAACAUUAGAUGAUGAAUUACGUAGCAAAGGUUCAGUUAGAAUAGCUUGUGAUGAAGAACUUGAAGAAGCUAAACGAAAAUUAGCUGCUAAAUUAACCGAAACUGAAGAACAAUUUGAAGCUGCUUUAAAUAAAUGUAAUGCAUUAGAAAAAGUUAAAGCUCGUCUUCAAGGUAAUGUUGAAUAUCUUAUGGUUGAUGUUGAACAUGCUAAUGCUAAUGGAAAAUCAGUUCAUGAAUUAGAAAAAUCUCGUAAACGUACUGAAUUAGAAAAAGAAGAAUUACAAGCUGCAUUAGAAGAUACUGAAGCAACACUUGAACAAGAAGAAGCUAAAGUUCUUCGAGUUCAAAUGGAAUUAAGUACAGUUCGUCAAGAAAUUGAUCGAAGACUUCAAGAAAAAGAAGAAGAUUUUGAAAAUACAAGACGUAAUCAUCAACAUGCAAUUGAAUCAAUGCAAGCAAGUUUAGAAGCUGGAACACGUUCAAAAGCUUAA